AUUUUCUAUAAUUGAAUCAAGACUAUGUUGUUUCUUGUAACUUUGACAAUAUGAAGGUCGAUAGAACUAAAUUGAAGAAAAGUGUCUCUGAAGUGCCUGCUGAUUGCAAGGCAUUGAUAGAGAAAUUAAAAGCAUGCAGCGAGGAUGAUCUUUUAACCGAACUCAAGCAAAUUAAAUCAUGGAAUUAUGGCAAGUGUGAAUAUAUCACUGGAUGAUAUACUGACAAGUUUGAUGCCAUAUGGAUGCAGCAUGUAAAACUAUCUCCAGUUCCACCUGGAUUUUACCAUGUGAUAAAGCUGAAAAUCUAAAGUUGAAGCAAUUGCUUCACAGCAUGCUGUACUUUACAGCAUUGCUGAUUGAACACAGUUUCUCAAGACAUCUGUAUAAUUCUAUGGAGCAUUUGACCGCAUUACUAUCUUCAUCUGACAUGCAUACUGUCUUGGCUGUUCUCAAUUUAGUCUAUGUUUUCAGCAAGAGAUCUAAUUUUAUAGUGAAAUUGGCAGCAGACAAGAGAGCAGCUUUGUUGAAUAGGUUAUCUUUCUUAGCAGAGAGUUGGGGUGGCAAAGAUAAUGGUUUUGGUUUAGCUCAGUGCUGUCAAGAUCUUCCCAUUGAGGAAUAUCCUAAUAGUGCAACAACCUUGCAUUUUGAAUUCUAUACUGAGUGCAAAGAUGCGAAAAGUGCAAAGAAAUCUGUGGGAAAUACAAUAUGUGUAAUUCACCUGGAUAAUGUAGAUAAGCUUGCCGAAUCACCAGCACAUAUAAUGGAGGAUAUCUUUAAGUCAUAUGAUGUUCCUAAAGAUAAGCAGGUCAAUCCCAAGUUGGAGGCAUUUCCACAACCUUUUGCAACAGCUUUGUUUUCUUUCCUGUACCAUCUGGCAAGCUAUGAAGCUGGUGGUGAAGCAUUGGUUUCAUGCGGUAUGAUGGAGUCAUUAUUGAAAGUAAUUAGCCAUCCUGGAGAUGAACAAACCCACACUACUUUUGUUACAAGAGCUGUUAGAGUUGUAGAUUUGAUUACAAAUCUGGACAUGGGAGCAUUUCAAACACACAAUGGCCUUACAGUGUUCAUUGAAAGACUAAAGCAUGAGGUGGAUAUAUGCAGACGAGAAGUGCCCUAUGUCAUUAGGCCAACCUUCAACAACCAACAAAAUGAAGAUGGGGAAAGAGAUGGUGGCUUGCAGUGUUUCCCACAGAGAGGUGCAUUGUUGAAAUCAAUGUUAAAUUUCCUAAAGAAAGCUAUACAGGAUCCUGCAUUUUCUGAUAGCAUCCGCCAUGUAAUGGAUGGAUCUCUGCCAAGUUCCCUCAAGCAUGUAAUCAGUAAUGCUGAGUAUUAUGGUCCAUCUUUAUUUCUCUUGGCAUGUGAGUUAGUAACUGUAUACGUAUUCCAAGAACCAUCUUUGCUAUCGUCUCUUCAAGAGAGUGGUCUUACUGAUGUCAUGCUGCAUGCAUUACUUAUCAAAGAUGUUCCUGCCACAAAAGAAGUAUUAGGCUCUCUCCCAAAUGUGUUCAGUGCUUUAUGUUUAAAUGCAAGAGGCCUGCAAGCAUUUGUCAAAUGCAAACCAUUUGAAAAAUUGUUCAAAGUGCUGUUGUCACCUGACUAUUUACCUGCCAUGAGAAGAAGAAGAAGUUCUGAACCUGCUGGUGAUACAGCAUCAAAUUUGGGAAGUGCCAUGGAUGAGUUAAUGAGACACCAACCAUCCCUCAGAACUGAUGCCACUAAAGCUAUAAUCAAAUUGUUGGAGGAAGUAUGUGCAAUGGGCAGAGAUAUGAAAUUCAUCUGUAGUCGGAGUUCAGGGAAGUCUGAGACAGUCACCACUGCUGUUCUAAGAGUGAAUAAUGCGGAGAAUGAAGUAUCUAGUGAAGAUGAAGAGGACGAAGAUGAUGUUUCUAGUACAACUAGUCAAACUAGUGCACCAAAGACUGACAUGGAAGCACAACCUCCAGGAUCAGAAACCAGGACCCCUAUACCUUUAUUGGAUUAUGUUCUCAAUGUGAUGAAGUUUGUUGAAUCUAUCCUAAGCAAUAAUACAACUGAUGAUCACUGCAGAGAGUUUGUUACUCAGAAUGGUCUUAUACCUCUCAUGGGCAUCCUAGGCCUGCCAAAUCUACCUAUUGAUUUUCCGUCAACUCCUGCUUGUCAAGCUGUAGCUAGUGUCAGCAAGUCUGUUUUGACUUUAGCCCAUGAACCCCAAGUAUUAAAGCAAGGUCUGCUUCAUCUGAAUGAAGUGUUGCAGUCAUUGGAACCUCUACACCAACCAUUAGAAGCACCAGGUGGCUCUGUUCUUCUCAGAGAAUUAGCCAGCUGCCCAAAUAUGGCUGAAGCGUCACUGUCUUCAUCAGCAACACCCUUGUUGCAUGCCAUGUCUUCGGCACAUGCAUAUAUUAUGAUGUUUGUUCAUGUAUGUCGGGUUGGAUCUAGUGAUAUACGGUCAAUCUCUAUCAACCACUGGGGAUCUGAUCUUGGACAAAAAGUACUUGAGGGGCUCAGUAGGCUAUAUUCCUCCCUAGUCUGGGAAAGUACAAUAUUGCUGGCUCUUUGCACUCCUGAUUCAUUACCUGACACUUGUGAAUUUGGAAAAGCUGAUAUGGAAAAGCUUCUGCCAAAGGACUUUCAACCAGAUGUUGUAGCAAAGUCUGUGAAAGCUAAAGUUGAAGAUAAAAAUGAACCGUCUACAAGCAAUAAUUUAAGGACUAAUGAAUCUGCUACUUCACCGAUGGACAUUACUUCUGAUGGAAUUGCACCCAUGGAUAUUGAUGAUGUGAAAGGUGAUACCACUCAAGAUGCCAAAAGCAAAACGAAAAUGUCACCGCAACUUACGCACCAAGUUAAGCAAAUCAAACCACUGCUUUCAGCUUCUUCCAGGCUUGGCAGAGCCUUAGCGGAACUUUUUGGACUCCUUGUCAAGUUGUGUGUAGGAUCGCCUGUAAGGCAAAGGAGAAGUCAUCAUUUACCUACUGUUCCCUCCUUACCUCCUGAACCAGCUAGGCUAACAGCGACUUCUCUUUGUGGACUGUUAGAGAGUGGUCUUUCAUGGACUCCACCAGAAUGGUCACCUACUCCCAGGUUCAGGUUGACAUUCUUUAUUUGUUCUGUUGGUUUCACAUCACCUAUGUUAUUUGAUGAAAAGAAAUAUCCCUAUCAUCUGAUGCUACAGAAGUUUAUGUCAUCUGGUGGUCAUACAGCACUCUUUGAAACAUUCAACUGGGCGUUAUUUCAUGGUGGAAAUGCACCAAACAAAGAUGGUUCUGAUAUACCAGAUGGAACUGGUGAAUUUCUUGAUGCCUGGUUAAUGUUGGUUGAGAAGAUGGUGAACACCAAGACGAUACUAGAAUCACCACACACAUUACCUGUUAAGGCCAGUCAACCAGGAUUUGUGCCAUUCAGCCCUGUGCAGUUUCUCAUACAUACACACAAGGCUGCUUUCCAUGCAGUAAUGAACCUAUGGGAUAGGAAGCCCCUCAAAGUGUAUGGAGGGAGAAUGUCUGAGAGCAUGCUGGCCAUACUCUGCCAUAUUCUACGUGGAGAAUCAGUCAUACGAUGGAGACUUGAAAAAGAGAGAGAGAAGGAGAAAGAGAAAGAAAAAAGUGCCAGUGCUAGUGCAUCACAGGUGUUAGUGAAACUAGCUCAGCUUCCACUAUGGCUACUAGUGCUACUGCUGCUGCUAGAAGUGGUCCAAUUAAUGGACAUGGGAUUUUCAAGAGAGCAUGCCCUAGAAGCACUUCGACAUACUUCUUCUAUAGAGCAAGCUACGGAAUGGAUUCUUGUACACCCACCACCAUUACCAGGUGCACCGGACCUUGGUUCAGAGAUUGGUUUAUCUGAAGAGGAUCAAAUGUUGAGGGCAAUUGCAAUGUCUUUAGGAGAAAAUGUACUCAUGUCAACAGAAGAUGAGGAGGAACAGAAAAAGAAAGAAGAUGAGGAAAAGAAGAAGGUGGAGAAAAGGAAAUCACUAGAGGAGAAAGAUAAAAUUAAAGAGGAAGAUCCCCUUGAGAAAUCUGUGCUGGAUAACUUUACUGGCAAGAUGUUACCAGGAUGUCUGAAAUUGUUAGAUGAAUUGCCAGAUACUGUAUAUAGAAUAUGUGAUUUGUUGGUGGUGUCUAAAAUCAGGAAUGGUGAUGAAUGGAGAGACGAUAUGCUUAUGUGUCUUAUUCAACAGGUGUUUGAGUGCGCUAUGGUACUGGUAGAAGCUGCUGCCCCGAUGACUGUAAGCGACACUAGAACAGUGUCAGAAUGGGCUAAACAACUCACUGCAGUACCAGAAUCUAUCAAGCUAGCUUCAAGGAUACAUCUGUUCAGUUUGUUAUUUGAGGCAAUGAAGAUACCGUGUGCUCAGGCAGUUGAAAAGUCAGGCGUUCUUGAUGUCUUAGUUCGCUUACUUGAUGGCACACAGCAUUGUCUUGCUGCUGCUAAAGAUACCACCACACCCAAGUACCUAGCACCGUUGAUGCUGCUUGUUGAUCUCUAUGAAAAGACCUCAGUGGGAACUAAAAGAAGAAAAGAGCAAAGAAAGGUUGCAUCCCAUACUUGGAAGUGGUUUGAUGAUAGGAAUGGUAAAUGGUGUCAUUAUAGUGCCAGUAAUAAUAAGACCAUAGAUGAUGCCUAUUAUGCUGGGGAAACCAACAUUAGAUUUUCUGCAGGGAGACGAAGAUAUACUGUGCAGUUCAACCACAUGGUACAGGUGAAUGAAGAAACUGGAAACAGAAGACCAGUGAUGUUAUCUUUGAUACAAAAAGAAGUUAAAGAACCACAGGAAGCAGCCAGUCAACUUAAAUACAGUGUGGAAGAAUCAGCAGAUUCUGGAAAGAAGAGAAAGACCGAGAUUGAUGAAAGCCUUUUGUCAACUUCUGUACAAAAUCAAGAUAAAGCAACUGAACGUAACAGUGAGAGUAAGAAAGAUGGUGUUGAUGAUAAAAAAGAAGCUGAAGCGCCUGUUGUUGAAGUUAUAGGCUUGGCACCAGAACAGAUACAGACUAUUGUAAGGUGUUGCGUUGGAUUGAUCAGUGUACCAGUGGAUUCAGAAACUCUUCAUGCAGUGUUGAGAGUUACCUUAAGAUUUACGAGAGAGCAUCAGAAUGCUCUGCUAUUUGCUGAGUUAGAUGGUCCAAAAAUGUUGUUGUCACUAAAGCAGCCUUCUGGAUUCCCUGGAUUUACAUCUCUAGCCACCUUGAUUUUGAGACAUGUCAUGGAAGAACCUCACACAUUGAGGCAUACUAUGGAAAAGGUUGUGAGAACAGCAGCGACUGGUAAUAUUGGUAGCAGUAUAUGUGGUGUUGCAGCAGGUACCAUAGGUGCUAAAGAAUUACAUUAUAUUAUGCGAGUUCUUGGACCGGCUGCGUGUCACAAUCCGGAUUUGUUUGUGGAUGUUGCUAAAGUCAUUUUAAGAGUAGCUUUGCCAACUCCCUCAAGAAGAGAUGAAGAUGAAGCUCGUCUAGUUGGGCCGAAUGUUCCACUGAUUCUGAAGACCACAUCUGUCAAGUCGUCAAUGCCUCCACCAAUAGAUGGACCUAUAAAACAAGUGUUAUGUGAUCUUCUUAAUGCAUUGGUAGUUGUACAAAGUGAGGAAGUACCACCACAAACAGCUGAUGUACCAAAGCCAGACAUGAAGGAAAGCCCUCCAACUGUGUCUGAAGAAAUUGGUCAAGCUCUUCGUGAAGUUGGAGAUGAUUUCAUUCGACAAUAUUCAGUUAAUGGUACAAGUAAUCGAGCUGUACGUAGACAAGACAGUAUUGUUGUUGAUACCGAAGCUGAAGCGGGAGAUGAAGACCAUCAGGUUGCUGAAAGUAGCCAGUCCUCAGCCACUGUUGUUGAAUCUCAAGAAAGCACAACUGUCAAAGAGAAAGAUCCUGAACAAAAAGAUGAAGCAAGUAUCAAAAAAAGCAAAGAGGAAACUGCUAAAUUAGCAGCAGCAAACAGACCCCUCAUGCCAAAAUCAGCGAUACUCCGACUUCUUGCAGAGUUAGUUAGAUCCUAUGCUGGAUGUGCUGCCAUGAUUACUCAUUAUCAGUACACAGGUGGACAAACACCACAUUUGAAAGAAGAUUGCCAUGUAUUGGCAUAUAUCAUGGAUCAUUUACUACCCCAGUGUCAGACUGCUGGGGAUAAAGAUACGCCUCCAUUGUCAAGAGUUUUCCUAGCUAGUCUUGCUGCAUGUACACAUAGUACAGAUGCCCAGAGUGCUCUUGUCAAUGAAGUCAAAUCUGCUCUAACAAGAGCAUUAGCUUUUCCUGAAAGUGCUGAAAAGCAUUCUAAAGUACAAGCACUGACAGGUUUAAUCAGUAUUAUAAUUGAUGCUUGUCCACCAACUGGUGCUUAUCAUCAAACUCAGACAUUCAAAUCACAAACGAAUGGCAUGAACAAUAUCAUACGUCUGUUAUUGAAACGUGGAUUGGUGGCAGAUUUAUCUAGAAUACCCCACCACCUUGAUUUAUCCAGUCCCAGUAUGGCUUCUACUGUCAAUGCUGCUUUAAAACCAUUGGAAACAUUGACAAGGAUUGUUAACCAGCCAACAACUGCAACUACCACUAACAAGAGCACUAAAAAGUCUGGCAGAUCUAGCGAAACUGGUACUCCUGGCGAGGAGCUGCAUGCUGAUCAACCCCAAGGAGAAAAUGUCACGGUCGUUGACCCAAGUGGAACAGGAACUCUUGAUACAACAGCUGGUCAAGAUAGCCAAGCAGCAGCGGAUAUGCUUGAUAUAAGUGAAGUUGAAUCAGAACAGCUAGGUGCACAGACGCAAGAGGAUGACCAUCAAAUUGGAGAUGAACAUGCCAUGGAGGCAAGUGCAGAACUGGACGAUAUCAUGGAUGAGAUACUAGAAAGACAGAGUGGGAAUAGACCUGCAGUCUUACAGGAUACUCUCAUUACAGCUCCAGCACCAACAAGGUUCAUAGAUCAAGGAGAUAAUAGAAUCAGAUGCCAUCCACUGAUUCUUGUAGAUUCUCAAGAUGAAGAUGCUCAUCGUGAUGAGGAAGAGGAAAUUGGAGGAGGAUUGGCUGAUGCAGAAAUGGCAAGUCACCAUGACAGUCAUGGGGAUGAUGAAAGUGCUGCAGAAGAUCAUGAUGAUGAAAGUAUACAUGAUGACGAUGACUCUGAUACCAGUGCUUGUGAUGACGAUGAUGACAGUGUUAGUGAAGAUGAUCAUCAGGAUGAUGAUGACGAUGACGAUGAUGAUUGUGAUGAUUGUGAUGAUGAUGAGGAUGGGUCCGAUAUGGAAGCUGAUGGCGGUGAAUACCAUGAUAUUGAUGAGUCUUAUGAUGACAGAGUACAGGACAGAGAUGAUGAUUUCUUUGUGCAUUUAGAAGAAGUAUUUCCAGGUGAUUCUGGUUUCUUUGAUGAUGGAGGUUUUCUCUCCAAUGUGCCAUCUGUACGGAGUUAUCAACUUCCUGUCUCGGUUCAUGAUGAUGUGACCAAUGCUAAUGAUCCAGCUGGCCAAUCCAUUCCUUUAGCUCCUGGUGGUGUAUCUGUUAACCAUCCACUGUUGAUACGUCACUCUGAUCAGCAUAGUCAUAUAACCCAUGGACAUAGUCAUUCAUCAAGAUUACACAGAGCAGCCAGACAAAGGCACAGGGCUAUUCAUGUAUAUCCUCCAGGUGGACGUCAUCCUAAUCCACCAGCUAUACUUCAAAGAUUGCUUGGCCCUACCGCUGCAGCUGAUGUUCUCCAGUUAACAACUUCCCUGUCUUCUACCAUGGGUGGUGGUCAAGCUCGACUUCUAGUUGGCGACAAUGACUUUCGUGUUUUAGCUAGGACAGAUGAUGAUCUAUUUGAUGAUUUCUUCCAUGAUAAUUACAAUGAAGGUGUUGGUAAUACACAUAUAUCUAGUGUUCCCUCGCCAUUGAGUAGGUGGGCUGAAGAGUCAAGAGUUCUAGAUGGAGAAAGUGUUCAUGAUCUUGUUGCAGUUUUAAAGCCUCCAAUCUUGGCAAUAUUAGAAAAGCACAGAGAUGAUGAGUUAGCUGAGAGGAAGGAGAAACGAAAGAAAGAAAAUGAAGAAGAUGUGAAGAAAAAACAGGAAGAUAAAGAGAAAAGGGAAAAAGAGUUACUUAACCAGGCUGACAAAUUCACAGUAGAGAUGCUAGAAAGUGGAUCUGCAAGAACCGAGGGAACACAAGAAGCUAUCAGCAAUAUGGCUGCCAGCAUUGCAGCAGCAGCAGUCCACCUUGGCACAUCAUCUGUCCCUUCAACACUAACAUCAACAACAGUGACUGGUAUAGUUGGAACUCCUACUCCAGCUUCUGAUUUGGAGUCAUCACUUAUCACCAGAUCAUCAGUGGUAACAGCUAGCAGUGCAGAGGUUUUAAGUACUCCAGCGGAUAUUGUAUCAAUUCCAAACAUCACCCCUGAUGCACCUAGACUCCAGAGGUGUGUGCCUUCUGUAGGGUCAACUCUUGCUACUGACUUGUUUGCAUCAGAACAAGCAGCUAGUGAUAGUACACUGGAUACUGCACAAGAACUUACCAACCCAACAGCUGCUGUCACUCCAGCAAUGCAAACUGUCCAAGAUGUAAACAUUGUUGACCUUACACCUGGUAUUGUAGCCAGAUACCCACAAGAAGGUGUUAUGACAUUUACCCCAACUGCCAGUCAAAGUGAACCUAUUCCAAUGAACAUUGACAUUCAAAGCGAAGCAGAUAAGCAGCCGCCACCAGCAGGAUCAGUCGUAACCCCACCUGAAGAAUCUCCUGAUAAUAUGCCAAGUUUGGAGGGUAGUGUUGUUCCAUCUGCAAGCACGCCAACCUCAUCUGGCUCCACAGUUUCAACCAGUUCAGGUGCAGUCACAAUAGCAUCAUUACUUGCUGAGGGAGAAGAAAAUGUUCAAAAUCAAGAGAGUGGAGAAAGAAGCAGUGCCCCAGCAGAAACUGAGACAAUGCCAAUAAGUGAAACAAGUGGCGCAGCAACAUCUGAGGAACAAGAAGGGGAAGCUACUGCUCUGAGUGGAGAGCCUAGUGCUGAGCCGAGUAUAUCAGAUAUAUUUCAAGGAAUUCAACUUCCAGAAGGUGUUGAUCCAUCUUUCCUUGCUGCAUUGCCAGAAAAUAUUCGACAAGAAGUGCUUCAAGAACAUUUCGGUAUUCAACAGCCAAGAAUACCAGCUGCUGCACCACCACCUACACCUCAAACAACUACCCCUGCUAAUAAUAGUGCUAGUGCCAGUGCUAGUGCUACUGCUACUGCUAGUGCUACUGCUAGUGGUACAAGUGAAUCGUCAUCCCUUACACAGGUCAAUCCAGAGUUUUUGGCUGCGUUACCACCUCACAUACAAGAAGAGGUAUUGCAGCAAGAAAGGGCUGAGCAACAACGUCUUCUAUCACAACAAGCUGGUCCAUCAUCUCAAGAACCCAUUGACCCAGCUUUAUUUAUUCAGAAUUUGCCAGCAUCUUUGAGGCAGACUGUUUUGCAGGAUAUGGAUGAUAGCAAUGUUGCAUUAUUACCAGCUGAUAUGGCUGCUGAAGCACAGGCUCUUAGAAGAGAAAUGCAGCUGAGACGCACACAGGAACGACUUCUGCAUGAAAAUAGUGUUUUGUCAGCUUUAUUCCGUUCAGGUUUCCCAGGAAGAGUUGGUGGCAGAGGUGUGACUUAUGCUCGAGUAUCCAUCCCACAGUCCAGAGGAAGUAAUUGGGCAUGGGGUAAUGUUGGUCGCAAUGCCCAAGCCGGAAGUGCUGGACCAAUAGCAAAAUUUCGUGGACGUCAGCUUGUUGAUGCUGAAGCUUUAACUUGUUUACUAGUUUUACUUUUUGUUGACGAGCCAAAACUGAGUACUGGACGAUUACAUCGUGUUUUACGUAAUUUAUGUUACCAUCAACAAACCCGAGUCUGGGUUAUACAAUCUCUGUUAGGGAUUUUAGAAAGGACCCAUUCCUGUGAGCCAUGUGCGUCUCCAAGUAGUCAGACCAGUGAAGUUGUAGAAGUUCUACCUUCAACUUCUCCUAUGCAAAGGACAGAUUCGUUUAAAUCAAACCAGCCAUCGUGGUUGUCUGUGAGCAUGGAUGCUGCACUUGGUUGUCGUACAAAUGUCUUCCAGAUUCAGCGAAGCGUAUGUGGUAAGAAAGCCAGUGAGAAGAGCCAUACAGUCAUACAAAUUCAUCCACAGGCUGCUCCUGUAGUGUGUCGGCAUGUCUUAGAAACUCUUAUUUCUCUAGCAAAAAUUUUUCCAAGCCAGUUUGUGCCAUUGAAAGCCAAGGAAAGCCAAAGUUGCUCCUUGGAGGACAAGUCUAAUGAAGGAAUGAAACCAGGCACUAAGCCAUCUAGUCAAGUUAGCAACGCGUCUGCUUCAGGUACAACAAAACUAACUUCUAAGCAGGAAUCUGAUUUUUGGGAACUUCUUGUCAAGCUGGAUAAUACAAGUAUAGGAAAGAAAGGGAAAGGAGCAUUGAAAUCGCAUCUGAAUAGUGCCAUGGACAAAGAGAAUGUGGCUGCCACCCAUGAAGCCCCUAUUAGCCAUUUAAUGGUACAGCUUUCCCAUCCUGUAGUGAGGCGUAGUGCACAGCUGACAGAUAGACUUCUUCGGUUACUGUCACUUAUUUCUAUAGCACUGCCAGAAAUACAGAAAACCAAACUAAGUGUGGAAGAAUCUGUGCUAAAUUUACCUGGUACACCUGCCAGAGAUACUACUUUAACAUCUGAGACACCUACUGCUACUGCCAACCAUAGUCAAGAUAGUGAAAUGGCAAGUGGUACAAGUUCUGUUGAAUCGAUGGAAGCCCAAGGAACAAAUGACUCUCCCAAAACAGAAAAUAAAAAAGAAGAUAAGAAAGAAGAGGAAGAACCAGAUGAGCCGCUUAUUUCUGCUGACAAUUUACAACUGGCUGUUGAUGUUUUAACAUCUCAUUCCUGCACAGAAGAAGGUUUAGAAGAUGCCACUAGUUUAUUAUUGCAGCUAUCUAAACAUGAUAAAACUAGAGACUCUGUCUUAACUUUACUACUGGUUGGUGCCAGACAACUUGGUUUUACACUAUGCAAAGAUAUUAAGAUACUUCUGAAAGAGCUUAGAGAUCAUAACACAAAAACUAAUGCUGCGUUGGAGUCUGAAGGAAAUGAUGACUCUUCCCUUUCAACAGGAAUUGCUCAUGGUGGACUUAUUGGGGAUAGGUUUAACAGAGGACAACGUCUUGUAGUGACAGCACCAAGCCAUCGUAAAGGAGGAUAUGAACUUCGAUUACCUUCUAUGUCACUGUUCACUAGUAAAACAUCCACCCAGCUUUUCUUCCUCAGGAUAUUGCGCGUGAUAAUUGAACUACGAACUGCCAAAAGAAUGAAGGAGACCAGAGAAAGACAGGCAAAAGAAGCGAGAGAGAGGGCAAGGGAAGAACGUGACCUUGCUGCUGCAGCUGAACCAUCUACAUCACAAGCUCAAGGUGGACAAGAACAGCAGAAUAGUACUGAACCAUCAACAGAAACACCAGCAGCUACCUCAGCAGCACCUACACCAACUGUAUUGGCAAAUAACCUAGAGAAUGUGGAAGCUCCAAUGGAAGUAGAAGAAGGACAAGGAACAGUUGAAUCUAAGGAAAGUACAUCAAAGGAAAAGCCAGCAGAGGAAGAUAAGAAAGAGGCACCAGACAAUUUGCCAAGGCUUAGUGCUGAACUAGCCUUAGAUGAACUUUGGGAUACAUUAAGUGAAUGUUUAGUAGAAUUAAAAGAAACAACAGACCACCAUGCUGUUCUGGUUCUUCAAACUGCUGUGGAAGCCUUCUUUCUUGUCCAUGCUACAGAUAAAGAUUCUAAUAAACCUGGGGAAUUGCAAAGGCUAAUGAGUCGUGAAGCAUCAUAUAGUUUAUCAUCUCUUGAAUCAGGUCCAUUAUCACCUGCUCCAAAUACCCCGGGAGUAACAGGGGCACCAUCAAGUCCAUUCUCCCGCGAGAAUUCAAUUGCGUCACUUGUAGCACAAAAUUUACCUCCAGAUACUCUGAAGUUCCUUGUGUUUGCUGAAACACAUCGCAUAGUUUUAAAUCAGAUCCUCCGACAGUCUACCACACCAUUGGGAGAUGGUCCAUUCUCUGUCUUAGUGGAUUACACACGAGUACUAGACUUUGAUGUUAAGAGACGUUACUUCAGGCAGGAACUGGAACGCAUGGAUGAUGGUAUGAGAAGAGAGGACUUAGCAAUUCAUCUGAAGAGAGACAACAUAUUUGAAGACUCAUUUCGAGAACUUCAUAGGAGAUCAGCGGAUGAAUGGAAGAAUAGAUUCUACGUUGUCUUUGAAGGUGAAGAAGGUCAAGAUGCUGGUGGUCUUUUGAGAGAAUGGUAUCUCAUUAUUUCAAAGGAAAUUUUCAACCCAAUGUAUGCCUUAUUUAUGAUAUCCCCUGGAGAUCGUGUUACCUACAUACCCAAUCCAUCAUCACACUGUAAUCCAAAUCAUCUUAGCUACUUCAAGUUUGUAGGGCGUGUGAUUGCUAAAGCUGCUUUCGACAACAAGCUGCUGGAAUGUUAUUUCUCAAGAUCUUUUUACAAGCACAUUCUAGGGAAGCCUGUUAAGUACAUAGAUAUGGAGAGUGAAGAUUAUGCUUUUUAUCAGGGUUUGGUGUUUCUUCUUGAACAUGACGUUAAAGAACUUGGUUACGAUUUAACCUUCAGCACAGAGAUUGAAGAAUUUGGUGUGACUGAAGUCAGAGACUUGAAACCUAAUGGUCGUAAUAUCAUAGUCACAAAAGAAAACAAACAUGAAUAUGUCAACUUAGUCUGUCAGAUGAAGAUGACUGGGGCUAUUCGCAAACAAAUUGAUAGUUUUCUUGAAGGUUUCUAUGAUAUCAUUCCAAAGAGAUUGAUAUCAAUAUUCAAUGAGCAAGAACUAGAACUACUCAUCUCCGGAUUACCAACUAUUGAUAUUGACGAUUUGAAAGCCAAUACAGAGUACCAUAAGUAUCAGCUCAAUUCAUUGCAGGUGCAAUGGUUUUGGAGAGCUUUGCGUUCAUUUGAUCAAGCUGAGCGUGCAAAUUUCUUACAGUUUGUCACUGGUACAUCUAAAGUACCACUACAGGGUUUCACAGCAUUGGAAGGUAUGAAUGGACCACAGAAGUUUCAGAUUCAUCGAGAUGAUAGAUCUACUGACAGAUUGCCCGUUGCUCAUACUUGUUUCAACCAGCUUGACCUUCCUGCUUAUGAGACAUACGACAAGUUAAGGCAUAUGAUAUACCUGGCUAUUACUGAAUGUACAGAGGGAUUUGGUCUUGCCUAACCUACUUUCAGAGAACAUCACAAUCCUGUCAAUUGUCACAUGUCUUUUUUGUAUUCAACUUGUUUUCCUGCUACAGUUUUAUAAUGUACAACAAUGUGAAAAGAUACUUAUUUGAGUUGCAUGCCUGUAAAUACAAUGUAUAGCAAGUUGUCUCAGGUUAGGCCACAGUAAAUAAAUCAUUUGUUUUACACCACAUCAUAUCUUACAAAAUUAAAGCAGUCCACUUGAUUGUGCACUUUGUGCUCUCUAUCCUGGUCAAGUCUGUACAGUCACAUUCAAAAGAAGUAAUUUUCAGCAUGUACAUGUGUGUAUGUAUGCAAAACAAAACUCACUUUUUCUUUUGGCGUAAUUGAAAAUUUAAACUAACUGAUACAUGUGUCAAGAGAAUAGAACUCUGCUAUACUUGCAGAAUAUGUAAAUUUGUUAUUUUACUUGACAUAAUAAUCUGAACUUUCUAUACAGAUAAGGAAGUUCAAUCAAAACUUUAAUAUUUUGGUAAAUUUAUUCUCAACCCAAGGUUGCAGUGAGCGUAUUUUGCUUAAUGAAAGUUGAGAGGACAUUUGCUGUAUGAGAUUCUGCCUUCUUUAGUUGAGUGUUUUUAUAGCCUAUAGAAGUUUGGAAAGUUCAAUAUAAAUGACUGGUUGGCAAGAAUUUAAACACAUGUAUAUUGACAAUUAUUUUCAUGUUACUAAUAAUUCAUCACUUUCAGAUAUAUAAAUAUUGUUUUUGUUUAGUUUGAAUGUCUCGGAAUAUUGCCUUUAAAAGGUAUAUUGGGUUGUAGGGAAGAGGUAGACCAAGGACAGAGUUUAAACUGGUGUUUAUAUCCAUGAACAGAAACUUUAAUGCAUUACUUGAUAUCGUAGCAUGCUUUGUUACUGAGGGACAGACUUUCAUUUGAUUUUGCAUACCAGCAAUGCUGUAAAAAAUAAAAUGAACAAUCCUUA